AUGGACGCUGAGAAAGGGACAGCGCCAGCUCCAGUUACUAUCGAGCCCGAGGCGCCGCCCAAGGAUGCUCGCUUCUGGCUCAUUUUUGUAGCCAUUAGCUGUGUGACAUUCCUCGUCGCUUUGGACACAUCCAUCAUCUCGACUGCCCUCCCGACAAUCACGGCCAAGCUCAACUCUGGUGAGCUCUACGUAUGGAUCAUCAACUCGUACCUCCUCGCGGCGACAACGUCCGCGCCGCUGUUUGGCCAGGCCGCCGACAUCUUUGGCCGCCGAACAGCUACCGUGACGUCGCUGAUCUUGUUCGCCGCGGGAAGCGCCAUCUCAGGCGCCGCUACGAGCACGGGCAUGCUGAUUGCCGGGCGAACAAUCCAGGGCUUGGGAGGAGGCGGUAUUGCAACUCUGUCCGAAGUCGUCGUAUGCGAUUUGGUGUCGCUUCGAGAGCGAGGCCAAUAUGCAGGCAUUAUCAGCUCCGUCUGGGCCAUUGCCGCCGUGGUUGGCCCCAUCAUUGGUGGUGCUUUCACCCAGCACGUCACCUGGCGCUGGAUCUUCUACCUCAACUUGCCCAUCUCCGGCGUGACGCUUGCCUUGGUCUUGGUGCUUCUCAGGAUGCGAAACCCGCGCCAGGGAACCGUUGCCGAGCGCCUUGCAUGCGUUGAUUGGGCUGGAUAUGCCAUCCUAACGGCUUCAGUCACUUCGACGCUGUUGGCUCUCACCUGGGGAGGAACUACGCACGCUUGGUCAUCGUGGCGGACCAUCGUUCCGUUGGUACUGGGCUUCGUCGGUCUCAUCGGCUUCAUCGGAUACGAGGCAGCUCCAUGGGUCAAGGAGCCCGUGAUGCCCCUGCGUCUAUUUGGCAAUCGAACAGCGGCUGCGACGCUGGCCAUCAGCUUCGUCCACAGCAUCCUCCUCUUCUGGGUCUGCUACUUCCUGCCCGUGUACUUCCAAGCCGUGCUCAAUGCCACUCCCGCUAGAUCCGCUGUCAUGCUGUUUCCCAUUGCCACGACGACGGCACCCGCCGGUAUCAUCUCGGGCGUGAUGAUUACAAAGACUGGUCGGUACCGGCGAUGGCAUUAUAUCGGGUUUGGGCUCAUGGCCAUUGGUUGUGGCCUCUUCACCCUGCUUGACGAGCACUCGUCGACGGGCCGCUGGGUCGGUUUCCAGAUCAUCUUUGGCUUCGGCUGCGGCUUCGUCUUCACCAGCUGUCUGCCCGCAAUCCUGGCGAGCCUGCCAGAGUCCGAAGUCGCGCUUGCCACCGCAACGUGGACGUUUUUGCGCAAUCUGGGAUCCAUCUGGGGCGUUGCCAUCCCGUCAGCCAUCUUCAACGCCCACGCUGACAAGGUGGCACGCUCCGUCUCUGAUGCCUCAGUGCGUGAGCUGUUGCUUCGCGGCGCUGCAUACCAACACGCGACUCGCGCCUUUGUGGCCUCUUUUGCGGACAAUGCGACUCUUCACCAGAAGAUUAUUGAUCUGUACGUAUCGAGCUUGAAGAUUGUUUGGCAGGGAUCCAUUGGCUUUGCCUCCUUUGGUGUCGUGCUGGCCAUCGCGCUCAAGGCGUACAAGCUGCGCGACCAACUCAACACCGAGUAUCGGCUAGAAAGCGGAAGCAAGGAGGCGUCUUCUUCUCCAGGGCCAGCCACUGAAACCACGAGCGUAGAGCUGGAGAAGCCGGCCGAACAGAAGUGA